ACCAGGGCAGCCGCUGCACUGAUAGGCUCAGUUACUUAGCAAGAGACAGCGGGCAGACCCUACCUCCCUCUUCCUCGCUCAACCACUCACUCGUCGCUUUCCUCCCUCUCUCGCAAUCUCCCACGUCUCACUCUGGUGUCGGAGAGGCAGCAUAAGCACUCACGCUCAGUAAGUCUGUCUCUCUGUCCUGCUGUCAUACUCAGCGUUUCAGGAACAGAAGUUGACUAUUCUGCACUGAUCUCUGCAUGACUGUGACAAAGAUGUCAUGGCGGCCGACUUACCGAAGCUCCAAGUUUCGAAACGUCUACGGCAAAGUGGCCAACCGGGAGCACUGCUUCGAAGGCAUCCCGAUCACAAAAAACGUCCAUGACAACCACUUCUGCGCGGUCAACGCCAAGUUCCUCGCUAUAGUAACGGAGAGCUCCGGUGGAGGAUCAUUCAUUGUCAUCCCGGUCACUCAGUUUGGCCGUGUUGAUGCUCACUAUCCAAAGGUCUGCGGUCACCAAGGAAACGUGCUGGACAUCAAAUGGAAUCCUUUCCAUGACAACAUAAUCGCAUCUUGUUCAGAAGACUCCUCUGUGAGAAUAUGGGAGAUUCCUGAUGGCGGUCUGAGAAGGAGUUUGACAGAGUCUGUAUUAGAACUGUAUGGCCACAGCAGGCGUGUGGGCCUCAUAGAGUGGCACCCAACCACCAGUGGGAUUCUCUUCAGUGCUGGCUAUGACUAUAAGAUCCUGAUCUGGAACCUCGAGAUCGGGGAACCAGUGAAAAUGAUUGACUGCCACACAGACGUGAUCCUCUGCAUGACAUUUAACACUGAUGGAAGCCUGUUGGCCACCAGCUGCAAAGACAAGAAACUACGUGUCAUUGAGCCUCGCUCUGGCAAAGUACUGCAGCAGGAGGCGAAUUUUAAGAACCACAAAGUGAACCGUGUUGUGUUCCUAGGCAACAUGAAGCGACUCCUAACGACAGGUGUGUCUCGCUGGAACACACGCCAGAUUGCUCUCUGGGAUCAGGAGGAUCUUUCCAUGCCAAUUAUUGAGGAGGAGAUUGAUGGACUUUCAGGACUGCUUUUCCCCUUCUAUGAUGCAGACACGCAUAUGCUCUACUUAGCAGGCAAGGGCGAUGGAAACAUCCGGUAUUAUGAGAUCACCCAGGAGAAACCCUACCUGCAGUAUCUGAUGGAGUUUCGGUCCCCUGCACCUCAGAAAGGGCUUGGAGUGAUGCCGAAACAUGGGCUGGAUGUAGGAGCGUGUGAAGUCUUCAGAUUUUAUAAGUUGGUGACUCUGAAGGGCCUUGUUGAACCAAUCUCGAUGAUCGUGCCCAGAAGGUCAGAGACAUAUCAGGAAGACAUAUACCCCAUGACCGCUGGGACAGAACCUGCUCUCUCGGCUGAUGAGUGGCUCAGUGGAGUCAACCGAGGUCCUGUGCUAAUGUCCUUGAAAGAGGGGUACAGCCAACCCAACAAGCUGGUGUUCAAGGCCCCAGUGAAGGAGAAAAAGGCUAUGGUGGUCAACGGAAUAGACCUGCUGGAAAACGUGCCUCCUCGUACCGAAAAUGAUCUCCUGCGAAUGUUCUUCAGGCAACAGGAAGAGUUACGGCGACUAAAGGAUGAGCUCACUCAGAAAGACGUUAAGAUCCGACAGCUUGAGCUGGAGCUCAAUAACAUAAGAAACAGCCCAAACAUCAACAACAAUAAUGACAGCAAUGGUAGCAGCAUUUGACAUGGGAUCUCUACUGUUACUGUUCAUCUCCUCUCCUACAGUAACUGGAGGUCCCCAGCACUGCUGAAACCCCAUGUGUGCCUCCUUUACCCACAAUAUCCCACCUUCGAGAUCUCAGAAGACCGAGCACUUUGUUUAGCAGUGUUUCGAUCUAACCCUCAGUGUUGACCCCACAGCUAGUGUGCUAAAUGGAUUUUAAAGGCGCGAUGGUUCACUAACCCUGUGAAAACUCUCCCAUCAGAUGACCUUCAUUCACGCUGCCGAUGUACCUGCGGUGGACUGAUUCUUCAUAUAUGUGAAGAGUUUAAAGUGACACUCUCACAGAUGUACAAUGACGAUAAGGUUAAAAAGGUAGUGCGGAGGGUUAUGAACAGAAAGGGCUCAUUUUGUUUUUUUAAUCUUUUUUAACCGUUCUCUUUCCGUCUUUUCACACAUUUGAAUGUUUACCGCAAGAGUUAUAGUCUUGCAUGGGAUUGGUUGUAAAAUAACUUGGUACAAGCUUUUAUUUGCAUUAUCAUCUCAUAACUGUAGAUUUUUUUUAGAAGCUGUAGAAUUAUUUAUUUAAUUAUUUACCUUUUUUAAUUAGCCAUUGUUAUAAAUAGCUUUAUAAACUCAGUUUAGAGCCUUAGCCAUCAUGUCAUGAAAAGUAAUGUCAUACAAGCUUCACUCCUUAACAGUAAAACUGUUGAUUAGGUUUGUUAAGCUCGUACCCACAGCGAUCAUUUAAAGGGACAUUCCACAAAAAAAUAGGCUCAUUUUCCAGCUCCCCUAGAGUUAAACAUUUGAUUUUUACCGUUUUGGAAUCCAUUCAGCUGAUCUCCGGUUCUGGCGCUAGCACUUUUAGCAUAGCUUAGCACAAUCCAUUGAAUCUGAUUAGACCAUUAGCAUCACUGUAAAAAAUAACCAAAGAGUUUCAAUAUUUUUCUUAUUUAAAACUUGACUCUUCUGUAGUUACAUUGUGUAAGACCAACAGAAAAUUAAAAGUUGCCAUUUUUAGGCAGAUAUGACUAGGAACUAUACUCUCAUUCUGGCGUAAUAAUCAAGGACUUUGCUGCCUUAACAAGGCUGCAGCAGGCAUAAUGAUAUUUCGCAGCAGCCGAAAAUAGUCCUUUUAGUAACUUUCAAUGGCAGGGGACUAUUUUCGGGCAGUGCGUAAUAUCAUUGCACCUCCUGCAGCCAUGUUACAACAGCAAAGUCCUUGAUUAUUACGCCAGAAUGAAUGUAUAGUUUCUAGUCAUAUCUGCCUAGAAAAACGCAACUUUUAAUUUUCCGGCGGUCUUAAUACACGAUGUAAUUACAGAAGAGUCAAGUUUUAAAUAGGAAAAAUAUCGAAACUCAUUGGUUAUUUUUUAGCGCGGUGCUAAUGGUCUAAUCAGAUUCAAUGGAUUAUGCUAAGCUAUGCUAAAAGUGCUAGCGCCAGACCCGGAGAUCAGCUGAAUGGAUUCCAAAAAGGUAAAAAUCAAAUGUUUAACUCUAGGGGAAAAUUAGCAUAUUUUCAAAAAAGUGGAGUGUCCCUUUAAUGUAGAAUGCUCAAAAAUCACAGAGCGGUAAUAAUACACAAUAGGUGAUACUAUAGUGACAUACUUUAAAAAUUAAGCUUUUACUAACGUGAGCUGGGGACUGUUGUGACUCUUGAGUUGCUCUAUGUAAUGUGCUUGUAUGUCUUUUUUACAUGCAAUACACAUUUAAAGAUGCUGAUCAGUCAAUAGAGGGUCUAUGAAAAGAGUCUACAAUUAGGUGAACUAUGUGAGAAACUUGUACACUAAGAAUGAAUAAGCAAUGUUUAAAUAAGUUUUACAAAGAUCACUGUCUCUGUACCCCUUAGAUAUCGUACACAUAAAAGAAUGAGAGAGAGUCUUUUAAUUCAA